AUUUCUAGAGAGAGAGAGAGAGAGAGAGAGAGAGAGAGAGAGAGAGAGAGAGAGAGAGGGAAGAGCAGGUGGGUGGCGGUAAUGGAUGUGAGGAGAAUAGUGGUAGUAGUUGAAGAAGUGGAAGCAGCAAGAACAGCUCUUCGAUGGGCACUCCACAACCUGGUUAGGUUUGGAGACUGGGUAACUCUGGUUCAUGUUUUUCCAACCUCAAGAUCCAGAAACAAGAACAAAUCCAGGCUUCUCCGCUUGAAAGGCUACCAGUUGACCCUCUCCUUCAAAGAAAUCUGCAACACCUUCCCCAACACCAAGGUUGAAAUGAUUGUCACAGAAGGUGAUCAAGAUGGGAUGAAGAUUGCAGCUUUGGUCAGAGAGAUUGGGGCUUCAGCUCUUGUUCUUGGACUCCAUGAUCACAGCUUUCUCUACAAGUUGGCAAUGUCCCACGGCAGUACUAGUGUUGCAAACAACUUGAAUUGCAGAGUUCUGGCCAUCAAGCAACCACCACCUCCCUCAUCACCAUUAAGUAGUAAGAGGACAAGUAGUAGUAAUACCAGUGGAGCUGCCACACCAGCCCUCCUCGAUAGUUCAACCAACAACAUGGACUUUUCACAGAUUGACAUUGCUGGAUUACGUGUCCCUGAUGUUCCUCAACCAAAAGUUCCAUACAGAAUCUGCCCAAACCCUUAUGCAAUCUUUUGGAAAUCAAGGAAGUCAAGGAGAAAGAGAAAUACAUAGUUCUUCAAAGGAAGCACAAAUACACAUUUCAUUUCAAAUGGCAUGGAUUUUCCAACCUAGAAAAUGUCCCAUUUUGCAAUUUUUUCUCGAUAUGAUGGAGACUUACAUGCACUCGUCGAGAUGUCAGAGUGGGAUCUCGAGAGGUGCAUGUAAGUUUUUCCCCACCAACCGACCGACAUAUACAAAUUUACAAACGAAUUAGUUUUAAUUGCAGCUGACAUGAUCUAUGAAGCAAAAUUUUCUGGGUUUUAUAAAAUCUAUUAACGUCAUUUUUCUUGUAAUUAUAACGAUUGUAAUUAUUGUCUACAUCCCCUUCAUUUA